CGUCAUUCCCUUGCGCCCUCCCUCCUCACACCCUUACCCUCCCCGGAGGGUUCCAGACUAGGGUGAAGUAAACAGUGCGCGGAGCAAGGCCCACGGACCCAGGCCAGGCGGGAGCAUGCUGAGGCUCUGGGGGCCGCGGCUCCCCCCGGCGGGGGUCCUGCUCCUGUGGCCGCUUCUGCCACUGCUGCUGCUGCUGCUGCCCGCGGCCCCCGCCCCCCACCUCGCACCCUACAAGCCUGUCAUCGUGGUGCAUGGGCUCUUCGACAGCUCCUACAGUUUCCGCCACCUGCUAGAAUACAUCAACCAGACACACCCCGGGACUGUGGUGACAGUGCUCGAUCUCUUCGAUGGGAGAGAGAGCUUGCGGCCCCUGUGGGAACAGGUGCAAGGGUUCCGAGAAGCUGUGGCCCCCAUCAUGGCGGAGGCCCCUCAGGGGGUACAUCUCAUCUGCUACUCACAGGGGGGCCUCAUUUGCCGGGCGCUGCUCUCUGUUAUGGAUGAUCACAACGUGGAUUCUUUCAUCUCCCUCUCCUCGCCACAGAUGGGACAGUAUGGAGACACAGACUAUUUGAAGUGGCUGUUCCCCACCUCCAUGAGGUCUAAUCUCUACCGGGUCUGCUAUAGCCCCUGGGGCCAGGAAUUCUCCAUCUGCAACUACUGGCACGACCCCCAUCACGAUGACUUGUACCUCAACGCCAGCAGCUUCCUGGCCCUGAUCAAUGGGGAAAGAGACCAUGCCAACGCCACCGCAUGGCGGAAGAACUUCCUCCGUGUGGGCUGCCUGGUGCUGAUUGGGGGCCCUGAUGAUGGUGUUAUUACCCCCUGGCAGUCCAGCUUCUUUGGUUUCUAUGAUGCAAAUGAGACGGUCUUGGAGAUGGAAGAGCAACUGGUGAGCCCCCGGGGUCCCUUCCCCUCUCUUCCCUUUCAUUCCCUCCCUGCCACUGACCCCCUUUGGGCGGGGGCCUGGGACCCAGCGUUACUCACUUUGUCUCUCCCUGUGUCUUUCUUCCAUGCGUACGUGUCUCCUCACCCACCUCAAAGGUUUAUCUGCGGGAUUCUUUUGGGUUGAAGACUCUCUUGGCCCGGGGGGCCAUAGUGAGGUGCCCGAUGGCCGGGAUCCCCCACACGGCCUGGCACUCCAACCUCACACUUUAUGAGGCCUGCAUUGAACCGUGGCUCUCCUGAGGAUGUCCCCAGGGAUCCCCCAGGAAGCCCCCAGCCCAGAGACCAAGCAGCGGCCUUGGAAAGCAGAUGUCAGGCUCUGGCAAGCCUGUGAUCACCUCAUUGCUCCCACACUGCCCUCCAGUAACCAGGGCUCCCAGAAUCCCUGUCCUCUGCUCCUCCAUGAAUGACAUAUCCUGGAUUCCCUUACCUCAUGUCCUCUCGUUCGGGGGGCUGCUCCGUGUUCUCCCUUUCUCCCGAGACUGAAGUUGGGGAGUUGGGAAACCAGGUUUUUAUCCCGUGGCUGCUCCUGCUGCUCCUUUGUAUCUGGCUGUGCAGGAGGAGAACCCAGCCCCUGCCCACCACAGGGGUCUCCUUCCAGGCCACUCAGGACAUUUUUAACUUCUCUCCUCCCCAAGUUCCAGUUUUCUCUGAACUCGCCUGUCAUUUGCCCUCUCAACACCCAGGAAGCACUGCCCCUGAGAGUGGGGCUCUGAGGCUCCCCUAUGGGGAUAGUUCCGUUCUUGAAGUAUCAGUGUUGGGGAAUAUUUGUGGCCUGCGAGGCCCAUCUCAGGUUUGGGGAUCCCCCAGUCCCUAUGUUCAGUGUUGGGGUACCCUCUGGGGAGCCCAGUUUCUCUGAGGCCCCAGCUCCUCUUUUAGCUACCCUUGACUGGGGUGUUACCCCUGUAUUUAUGGAAAUAAAGUUCCAUUUCCUCA